AUGCUGACAGCCCGGAGGUGUGGCAGGGGUCUAGGAAGACGACAGGUCGGCGGCCGAGGGACGAGGGAGCGCCACCGUGUCGUUGUGGCCGCCGUCGUCGUUGUCGCCGCUAGUACGAUCGAUCAAUGUCGUCUACGUUCGGUUCGGUCGGUUCCUCCUCGCUGGUCGUCAAAUUCCAUCGAUGUCAUCGUCGUCGCUCGUCUUCACCCCUGGAGAGCGAAAGAGGAUCGCCUGCCAACCAGCCUGCCAGAGACGGAGUUCCGCCGGCCGAAAUGCGAGUUCAUGAUGUUGGCCGGCGACGUGACUCACGCAUUACUUGCACCGUCGACGACGCCUCAGCCCCAACGACGCCCAAGAGUCCAAAGACGCCGAAGACGACCAACACCUCGGUUGCCGUUCAACGACGACGGUCACCUGGCCGGCACGCUGCUGGUCGCCCUGCUGGUCGUCCUGAUCGUCGGUGCGACGCCCGGACCGGUGCUGGCCGACACUUGGACUCCUGCCUGGUGGUAAGU